AUGGGGUCGUUUGCAGGCCACAUCGACGAGGGUAUAUUCUUCAUCAUCUUAGCUACAUGGUGGAUGUUCAACGUCUACGUUGACUUUAUAUUCCGGCAAGACAAAGGAAAAGAAUUCAUUCCGCGAUUCAGUUAUCAGUUACCAGGGAAACGGCGAGUUCCGGUAGAAAUAUGUUUCAAGAUAGCGUUUCCUGUUGUAGGAUUCCUAGCGGAGCUGAUAGACAGCGGCGCAAAAUUCCUAGACGAUGAAGGCAACUUCAUGAACCUCAUCUACAUGCAGCACGUCACCAUCUACGGCAUGUUCAUCAUCCACGGAAUCACCGAUCUCCUCAUGUAUUACGACUUCCCUCUCCCCGCCGGCACUCACUACCUCACAGUUGCUAUCGCCUUCUUCUGGUACGGCAUCGGCUUCUACUUCCACGCCCACAUGCAUGGCAAGGAGCCGCUAGAGGAGAUAGUCCAUGUGCUUCCUGUUCCUGUGAUGCUGGCCACGGGAUUGACGGUCCUCUGUGAGAUGAUGUGGAAGAAGGGCGUGGCCACUGCUCUUGUGAGGACGUACUUCGUGUUGACGUUGGGCACGUGGUUCUCGCACGUGGCCUUUAUCCUGUACGAUCACACCAAGUUCCCAGGUUCAGAUCCGUCCAACUAUGACCGCCAUGAUCACAGAAACGUUGCAUUUGCUGCUGCAGCCUUCGGCAUGCAUCUCUGUUUCAACCUCAUCUUCAUGGUUGUGAGCUACGUCGUCACCUACUACGUUGUGAGAGGGAUGUACGGUGUUCGUGUUACCAACAGUUACUGCUCUGAAGAGGUCGACCAGCGGUACAAGAAAGUACAAUCGGAUCAUUCAGACGACAGUGCAGAGUCUUUCCUAAUGAAGGACUGUGACUUUUAA